CGGCAUCGCUUUACGGCCCAAAAACUAAUACUCGAAACACGCUGCUGGGUGACAACAGCGUUUGGCUGCUAACCUGCAAAAUUACGUCGUGACGCGGUGUUUAUAUAAAUUCCUCGGUCGCUGAGCGGAUGUGCAACGUGUCAUUUUGGAGCCCCAAAAAGUCCUAAAAACUUGGGGCAACAGAUACACGUGACGGUGAUGUCUUCCAAAGAGGCGGAGUCUCCCAUCCGGCCCGUGCACGUCAGUCAGUGUGACUCUGCAUCCCUGGUGUGGCGUACAGAGGACGUGGCUGCUGCCCGUUCUGUCGGUGUGGUGGGGGCAUUGCUGGGUUCGCUGCCGCGCACCCCCCGGCAGAAUGUACGUCUGGGACGCCCGUUGUUGUUACUGCCCGAGGAGGAGCGAUAUCUGGGUCAGUGUGGCGCCCUGGCCACCGAGACCGCCGUCUCCCAACCGGAUGCGGGCGAGCGAGUUAGCCAGGUGGCGCUCUAUGAGGAAUCUCUGCAGCAAAGCUACCAAGAGCAGCGAGUCCUCGCUCUCCAAGACAGAAAGGCGGCGGUGCUACAUGCGCUCGGCUCGUCACGACCAGGGUCGCAGGUCGACGGCGAGGAGGACACGCGGCAACGCCUGGAAGCUCUGGAGUGUCAAUUUCGUUUCCCGCGCACUGCGCUGGCGGUCCAGUUAAGCACAGCCAGGGUGGGGCCGGCCCAGGUUUCGCCGGGGCCAGCGUGUCGCGCUGUUCGCACGCCCGCCGCCGAUGCCAGGUACCGGGUGUUUGCGGACCUGAGGGGGCGGGGCUUCUACUUGACCUCGGCCGGGAAGUUUGGCGGCGAUUUCCUCGUCUAUCCUGGUGACCCCCUGCGCUUCCACGCACAUUUCAUCUGCCUGUGCCUGGACGUGGAUGAACGUGUGCCACUGAUGGACCUCCUGGCUGCUGCUCGCCUUGGUUCCAAUGUCAAGAAGACGCUGAUCUUGUGCUCGCCCAACCGCCAUGGUGAGGGCGUGACGUACUCAUCGCUCCAAUGGAGCGGAAUGGUCUGAUUGGACGGUGGGAGAGAUACCCUGGAGAGCACUACUCAGAUGGGAAGAGGGACCAGAAGCUACACAUGAGCUGAAAAAAAAAGUUGUUUAAAAACAGGUCAAACUAAAAAAUGCUUUGUAGUUCAUUCACUCCUUUGUUCACAAGAAAUUGUCCAAUGUUGUGCUCGACUUCCAUUGAGUCAUAUUGUACCUAUAAUGAUGAUUUUGACAUUAGAAGAACUUUAUUUUCCUGUUUACGUAAUGAGAAUUAGAAGUCCGAGGUGGACCUGAACGUCACUCAAAAAAAAAGAGCCCGUAGACUUCCUCAGGAAGUAAAUCGACUGCGUCAAAUAAACACGCAACUUAGGUGGUGGAUCGUUAACCUUAGCUACGCGACAACCGCAACGACGAAAGAGGUAAGUUACGACGAUGGACCUAAGUUAUCAUGUUAGCAGCAUGUUAGCAACGUUAUGUGUAUUACUGCUUGGUUACAGUACAGAAGUGCAGCCGCUUUUAUUAGCAUGGUAGCUACCACAGUGCUAACUUUAUGAUUAUUUAUCCUCGACGAAUGUUGGAUCUCAAAUGAGCCAUCAUCAUGCUGCCGAUGAUUUUAAAACUCGCGAGUUAAAUAAUACUGGUUGUCUUCUCCUCUUUGUUUUAGUGUGUGAAUUAAUGUCUGUUCCUACUUAGACUUGACAGUGGUUGCAAUGUGAUCAUGUUUGCAAGGACCGUAGUCCGAAGCUCUUUGGCUGCAGCCUUAUGUUCUGUCUAUUUAUUCAUUAUAUAUUAUACUAUUUCCUAUUAUGACUCCUCUUCCAGUGUUUAUUUUUAGUAGAAUUCUAUCAAACUCAUUGAAAGAUUGAAAAAAUCAUUGUAUAGGUUUGAUCAGUUUCUCUUUCAACUAAAACUUUCAUUGUUAAUA